GGGGUGUGGCGAGAGUGCUCUUGGAUGAAUCUUUAUAAAAUUUCAAAAUAAAACAUUUGGUCAAUGAAAUAUUGAGUAGAAUCAUUUUAUUUUAUGAUUAAACUUUAUUAAAAAAGAAACGAUAAUAGAGAUGUGAUAUAUUGAAAAGUAAAAGAGAAAUUUGAAACCCCUUUUAAAAUAUGAACUUCACUAGAAAUCACGUGACUUGUGUGUUUGGACAAAAUGGCUGCCCUUGUAAAAACAGGGUUUUCAGAGCUUCCAGAAAAUAUCAUUCUUGAAAUAUUCAGGCAUUUAUCAAUAAAACAAUUAUGUACAGUGUGUAGAGUAAGUAGGUCUUGGAGAAGAGUUGCCAAUGAUAACAGCCUCUGGAGACAUGUGAACCUGUUACCAUACCGACUGAACUUGUCAAAGAUGUGGAAGGUUAUCAGGGGACACUUCUCAAACAUUCUUCUGUCACUCCACAUCAGAGGCUUCUAUGAUGCUGCUGGGACAAAGUGGAGAAAAAUGUCACUGUCAGAUGCAAUGUUGAAAGAGCUACAAGAAAGAUGUUCGAACAUAGAAGAACUUGAGCUUACAAAUUCAAAUAUAGAUGCAUUGAACUUUGAAUUACUCCCUCCAAAUCUCAAAAAGUUGGUCAUUACAAGGUCUGGGUUACCAUAUGGCUGGUUUAAGUGCAUUGAAGAAAAGAACAUCAUCCCUAAUAUUGAACAUAUUGAUCUGUCCUAUAGUAUACGGUUGUGUGAUGAAGAUAUGAAACAUAUCUGCACAAGGAAAACAAUCCAAGUACUGAUCAUACAGAACUGCUAUAGAAUUACAAUAACAGGAGUGGAAUAUAUCUCCACCUUACCUCAUCUUAAAAUACUCAACAUACCUGGCACAGGAUGCUGCGAUCUUGGACUGCAUAAACUUGGGAGAAGUGUAGGCAGCCAACUAAUUGAACUCAGAGUGGAUAACUGUGAUAAGAUAACAAGUGGUGGAUAUGAAACUGUCAUAGCUCUGUUCCCAGCAUUGGAGAAACUGUCCCUGUGUGGCGCAUACAGAUGCACCCUCUCUCCUACCGAGGAAUCUCUUUUGGGCCUUCAAAAACUGAAAAAAUUGAAGACAUUGGAUAUUCACCAGUUUAGAAAAAGAGAGACAGAAGCUAAUGCCAUUGUGAAUAGAGUAGCUGAUAAGCUAGUUGCAUUGAUGCCAAACACUUAUGUCAAAAGUGUUGUUUCAAUCAAUUAA